AUGUUCCACCCUCCGCGAGUCGUUGGUGUUUCUCGUGUCGUCGCGGCGCUGCAAUGCCAAGCGCGCUUCUGUGCCACUGGUGGCGGUGGCGGUGAUGGCGAUAAGGGAAAGGGAGAAGCUGACGAAACGAAGGGAGGGGCGAAACCGCCACCAAUUAAUAAGAGGGACUUCGCGUCACCGAAUCUAUCAUCCGAGAAGCGCUACCCUAAAGGCUUCGAUGCAUUCUAUUCCAAGUUCAUUUUGGGAAAAAUGGCCUUCACUCGCAUUCCAGCAGAGUCAGUGAAUCGUGCAUAUGCCAUGUCCCCUGAUGAGCGUAUUCUGACAAGCCAAAUGGCCGCUAAAGCCCUAAAGUGGAAGCGAAUCCGCUUGUUAGGAGUUUUUUCUAUUCUCCUAGCCGGUGUGGUCAUGGCGCGCAUUUACAUUGCGCAGUCGUACAUGGAUGGAAAUAUUGACAACUAUACGGCUGUUGUUGUGGAUCUGGUGAAGCAUACGGCGGCGUUCAUUAAUGAAAAGGGUGAAUGUCUUGGUAUGCGUAAUUUUGUGGACUAUAGAUCUUUUGAAGCCUCAUGUGAUAGCGACAAGGACAUCCUUGUGCAUUUUUACUCCUACUACCCAUGGGUUCCUAUGUUAUUGCUCUGUCUCUUGCCUGUAUUGGCGGUGACAAAUUCGGCAUUUAGCGGAUCUGUAAAAAUGGCAUCUGUGGCGGCCGAAAAGAGUCGGUUUAAUUUUAAACGUGAAUUCUCUGUAUCCACCCGCUUGGCCGACGUAGCAGGCUUGACAGAAGCCAAGCAUGAAGUGGUAGAGGUUAUUGAUUUUUUAAAAAAUCCUGGUCGCUACAGAGCGCUUGGGGCAAAACUGCCUAAGGGUGUCCUCCUAGAUGGCCCCCCUGGUGUAGGGAAGACACUCCUUGCAAAGGCAGUUGCAGGUGAGGCAAUGGUGCCUUUUCUUAGCUGUUCGGGAAGUGAAUUUGAAGAGGUCUAUGUUGGGGUUGGGGCGCAGCGUGUUCGAGAGCUCUUUAAACAGGCACAUGAAUGUAAGCCUUGUGUGGUAUUUGUGGAUGAAAUUGAUGCUUUUGGUAGAAAAAGAAAGACUGAAACUGGUGGAGGAAGCUCUCGAAGUACAUUAAACGCUUUUCUUUCAGAGUUGGAUGGAUUCAAGGAUGCUACGGGAAUUAUGGUGUUGGCUGCCACAAAUCGUUCAGAUAUUUUGGACAAUGCUCUGACGCGAUCAGGUCGUUUUGAUCGAAAAAUAACAUUAGAAAAACCCUCGCAUAAGGAUCGGGUUGCAAUUGCAGAGGUUCACCUGAAACCAUUAAAGUUGGAGUCCUCAAGCACACUUGGUGGUUAUGCGGAAGCUGUUGCGGCACUAACACCAGGGUGUAGCGGUGCGGAUAUAUUUAAUAUUUGCAAUGAAGCUGCUAUUCAGGCAGCGCGUGAAGGUAAGGAAUGUGUUUCACAGCGUCAUUUUCAUCAAGCUGUGGAACGAGUUUUGGUAGGAUUGGAAAAGAGCGCAGUGAAGCUUACUGAACAUGAACGGGAACGUAUUUCGUUUCAUGAAGCUGGUGUUGUUGUUCUUCAUUGGUUUCAGGAGAAGACAGAUCCUGUUGUUAAGACGACAAUCCUUCCUCGUGGGCGUCAUCGCACAGGUGUAACACAAAAACUGCCCCAGACGACAUUUAUUUUUACUCAGGAGCAACUCAUGCAAAAUCUGGUAGCUCAACUUGGAGGAUAUGUGACUGAGGAACACUUUUUUGACGAUAUUUCCACCUCUGCCGCGGAGGAUUUACAAUCCGCGACAGACAAGGCACGCCAUUAUGUCUGUACCUACGGCAUGGAUCCGGAAAAGAUUGGACAUUUUGGAUACGACUUGGAUCAAUCGGAUAGUAUUCAAAAACCCUUUGGUCCUGCAAAGGAGGAUAUUGUAGAUCAAGCUGUGCAUCAACUUAUUUCCCAGGCUCUUGAGGGUGCACGAUUGAUUCUUGGGCAAUACAUUGACAAGACCCGUGCAGUGGCUGGUCUUUUGAUGCGGCAAGAAACCCUAACGGCUCAUGAACUGUGGCUCGUGCUUGGCGAUCGCCCCGUCAUGACGAAAGAAUUCCGAACCUAUCUCGAGAGUUAA